AUGGCAGAACAAUACCAGAAGGCUAGAGCCAAGAUCUAUGAAGCUCACAGCGAGGACCCGAACAAGCACAAGACUAACGAUGGAGAAGAAGUGCCGUACGAGACGCAUUAUGCAGAGCAGAUGGAGGGCUACCUGGACAAAAGAGCUCCAGACGCAUCUGAAAUUCUGAAAUUAGCUGUCUGCGGUCAGCAUUUCCGUCGCUGGGAGGUGCCUCGUGACAGCUAUCCAAUGACAAGGAUUGGUUAUCACACUUGGCGAACGCACCUGAAGAAGCGGCAGGCACAGCUCGUGAGCCAAAUAUUGGAUGAGUGUAGGUACGAGAUGAAGGACAUCAACCGGUGCAUAUCAUUGAUCGAGAAGGAGGGAUUGAAGCAGGGAGAGGAUGAGGUACAAAUACUGGAAGAUGUUGCCUGCUUGGUGUUUUUGGAUGACCAGUUUGAGCAGUUCAAGGACAAGCACGAUGAGGAGAAGAUCGUGAAUAUUUUGAAGAAGACCUGGGUGAAGAUGUCGAAGCAAGGCCAAGAUUUGGCUCUCCAGAUCCCGAUGACAGAGGAGUGUAAAGCGCUGGUCCAGAAAGCUUUAGCUGCAUGA